AUGCGGUACAGGCGGUACAAGUACUACAUCUUCCUCAACUCCUCCAUCAAGGGGCCCUUCUGGCCCAACUACAUGCCGCCCCGCUGGCAGUGGACCCAGGCAUACACCGACCUGCUGCGCGGCGACGUCAAGGCCGUCGGAUCCUCCCUCGUCUGCCUGCCCGAGGUGGACGCAGGCGGUUACGGCCCCAAGCUUGAGUCCUGGGCCUUCUCAGUGGACCAGGAUGGGCUGGAGGCGCUGCUGCGGGAGGGCGUGUUCCACCUGCGCACCUGCAAGCUGUGCGAUGAAGGGGUGGUGGUCAAGGGGGAGUACGGCCUGACCAACAGUCUCAUGAAGUACGGAUACAACGUGGACACGCUCAUGUCCAUGUACCGCGGGGUGGACUGGCGGGACCGGCGGCACUGGCGGUGCAACAACAACGUGCACCCCUCGCGGCACGGCACCUACGGCGGCAUCACGAUGCACCCGUACGAGACGCUGUUCCUCAAGGCCUCCUGGCACGUGGGCGAGCCCUUCCUGCAGACCUACUCCACAUGGAUGCUGAAGCAGGCGGCGGGCAAGGACACCACCAGCGGCAUCUUUGAUGAGCCCAUGUACCGAUACGCCAUCAGCCCAGAGGCCCAGGAAUCUCACCACGUGUCCACCUGCUACGAUGUGCUGCACCGCCAGUAG